AAUUCGUGUUCACGAUAUACUGAUUCACGACAUAGGGAGCUAGGAAACUGAUUGAGACACACCCAUUGACUGUUGUUCUUAAAAUGGCGCCGCUGGACCUGGAUAAGUAUGUUGAAAUUGCAAGACAGUGCAAGUAUCUUCCUGAGAACGACUUAAAGAGAUUGUGUGACUAUGUAUGUGAUCUUCUGCUUGAGGAAUCAAAUGUACAGCCAGUUUCCACUCCAGUCACCGUAUGUGGGGACAUCCAUGGACAGUUUUAUGACUUGUGCGAACUCUUCAGAACUGGAGGACAAGUACCAGACACAAACUACAUUUUCAUGGGUGACUUUGUUGACAGAGGAUACUACAGCUUAGAAACUUUUACAUAUUUGCUAGCACUUAAAGCAAAGUGGCCUGACCGCAUCACACUUUUGCGUGGUAAUCACGAGAGCAGGCAGAUCACACAGGUUUAUGGAUUUUAUGAUGAGUGCCAAACUAAGUAUGGAAAUGCCAAUGCCUGGCGAUAUUGCACUAAAGUAUUUGACAUGCUAACUGUUGCUGCCUUGAUAGAUGAGCAAAUACUAUGUGUACAUGGUGGUCUUUCACCUGACAUCAAAACUCUAGACCAGAUCCGCACUAUUGAACGCAAUCAGGAAAUCCCUCACAAAGGAGCAUUUUGUGAUCUUGUCUGGUCUGAUCCAGAGGAUGUGGACACCUGGGCUAUAAGCCCAAGGGGUGCUGGCUGGCUGUUUGGUGCUAAGGUUACCAAUGAGUUUGUUCACAUCAACAACUUGAAGCUGAUUUGCCGUGCACAUCAGUUGGUUCACGAGGGUUACAAAUUCAUGUUUGAUGAGAAGCUGGUGACCGUCUGGUCGGCCCCAAACUACUGCUACCGCUGCGGGAACAUUGCCUCAAUCAUGGUCUUCAAAGACGUGAACACACGGGAGCCCAAGUUGUUCCGGGCUGUUCCUGACUCUGAAAGGGUCAUACCACCAAGAACAACAACACCCUACUUCCUCUGAGGUCUUCAUCACCCCUUGAGUCCAACCCUCUCCUUUUCAUUGUUCUAUCAAGCUCUCUUUUAUUGUCUUUAAUUUCUCUGUAUUGUGUUUUUUUUUUUUUUUAUUAACACUUUUUUGUAAAUAUUUAAGUAAUCUCCACAAUAACAACAGUAUUUGAUGGUCCGGAUUAUAAAUCCUGUUGACUUUUCAUUAUUUGGUCAUAUGAUCUUGUCAGUGUGAGAAUGUGACCGUAAUCAAGAGGUGGAAAUCCUCAUGCUGUUGUCAAAGCCACUGUUCUUAUGUAGCUUUAAAUGUACACAUACAGCCCCCCCAAAAAACAGUUGACCAUUUAAUGAAAAACACUUUAUGGUGUAUCAACUCGGAUCGGAACAUGUGUUUGUAUCUUUUAGAGGACCGAGUGUUCCUUGUUCCUGAAAGAGGCUGACACAAAUAUGUGCUGGGCAUUCUGCACCUAAUUUCACAAAAACAGGGACUGUGUUCUUAUUCCUGGCUUUCAAAUGUAGAAAUGGAUUGAAGGGCAAUGUUCAGACAACAUUAUAAAGGAGGCUGGGAUUGUUUUGUACAUUAAUAUAAUUGAUUUGAUCAUCUUUUAUCAGAUUUGUUGUAUUUUAUUAUAGUAGAAAACGGCAACCCUUAAAUAUUGAAAAUAAAGUUUAU